GACAACAACAUAUAUAAACAAAUGAGUUGUAAGUGGCGCUCAGGUGGAUACGUAACUUCCGCUUUGUCGUCAUCAUCCGGCGACGUUCUUUCAGCCAGCAAGUGUUUGAAGCGGAAUCACCUCGUUUGGAAGAUAUGGCACCAUCACCCACAAAGCGGAAGGAGGAGGAAAAAACAAAAGAUAGAGGCAAAGAAAAGACUGGUACCAAGGAAGGAGACAAGGAGAGAGGACGGGAGAAAGUAAGGAAACGACGCAGUGCCUCUUCUGGCAGCAGCAGCAGCAGGUCCAGAUCCAGCUCUACCUCAAGCAGUAGCUCUGGUUCCAGCUCAGGUUCCUCAAGUGGAUCCAGCUCAUCUGGUUCCAGUCGCUCUGGUUCUUCGAGCUCUCGUUCCUCCUCGUCUUCAAGCUCCUCUGGCUCCCCCAGCCCCAGCCGUAGACGCCAUGACAACCGGCGGCGCUCCCUCUCAGCGUCCAAAACACAAAAGCGGGGAGAUGACAAGGAGCGACGGAAAAGAAGCCCAAGUCCCAAACCAACCAAGAUACAUUUAGGGCGACUGACAAGGAAUGUCACAAAGGAUCACAUCCAGGAGAUCUUUUCCACUUAUGGAAAAAUCAAAUUGGUUGAAAUGCCAAUGGACAGACUCCAUCCACACCUGUCCAGGGGUUCUGCUUAUGUGGAAUACGAGACUCCUGACGAGGCCCAGAAGGCCCUAAAAUAUAUGGACGGAGGUCAGAUUGACGGACAAGAAAUCACUGCGUCUGCAGUGCUGGCUCAACGGGUCCGCCCUCCACCUCGUAGACCUUCUCCUCCUCGCAGAAUGCCCCCACCCCCGCCUAUGUGGCGUCGCAGUCCACCACGCAUGAGGAGAAGGUCUCGCUCUCCAAGGAGGCGGUCCCCAGCACGCCGCCGCUCUCGCUCCAGAUCUCCUGGUCGAAGGCGCCAUCGCUCUCGUUCGAGCUCUAACUCCUCCAGAUAGAUGAGUUUCUUGUCUCCUGAUUCCAAGUGAUCUCUUAGAUUCUCCGGUCGGCUGGAGUUCCUGCUUUCCUAGACCUGGUGGACUCACCAGAAGAACAGAAACAUCUGCCUGCAUGUAGAAAGUGGAAAGUGUUUUUGUUUUUUAUUUUAUUUUAUUUUUUUUUGUGCAAAUGUGACUAUUGUUUUUUUUUUAUUAUUUUGCGUUAAGUUGGUCCUCAAAACUGGUUUUGAUGGUUUUCCUGUUGUGUUUCAAGAAGAGUUUGGACUCCACUGACAUCCUUGAAUACUUCUUUUAAAGUGUGACUUCUUUUUACCAUAUACUGAAUUUUUAGACAUUUUGGAAAAUAAAAAUUGCUGAAAUGUGAA